CGUGAUGGACGUGACGCACGCGUGUCGCUGCUGCCUGCGGUGUCCUCCGGACAAGGACCUGACGACGCCGUACACACAUCUCGGCAAAACGGAGAUAUAUGGCGACAUGAUCAAAGAGAGCUUCGAUAUACAUCUGGUGGUGCGCGGCUCGGGCUCGUGCGGCAUCUGCUCUAUGUGCGUGGGCCGCCUGCGAGACGCGAGCGACUUCAAGCUGCAAGUGCAGCGCAGCCAGGCGGAGCUGCAGGCGCGCACGCAGGGAGCGAGCGUCAAAGAGGAAGAAUCUGCCGUUGAGCCAGAGAAUCCAGAAAUGCAGGAGGAAGAUGGGACCAGUGAGCCUGUAUCAGGUGAAGAGCCCCCGGUCAAACCGGAGAUGCUGGAAGAAGAUCAAACACCUGAUGAGAUAUUGCAUGACAUGCUCCGGUUCAACAUGGCGGCCGGAGACGCGGCGAGCGACGGGGGUGACCCGCUGUCGGCGGAGGAGCGGGCGGUCAAGUCGGAGGUGUCGGACGCGGCGAGUGACGAGGACUGCGUGUCGGUGUGUUCGGAGGGCAGCGCCGCCCGCGCCAGGGAACAGCUCGCGAUGGCUUGUUCCGUGGUGCUCGAGCGCCUCCGCGGCGACGAGACUGUUCACAGUGGAGACAAACCAUACCGCUGCGAACACUGUGGCAAACAUUUCAUGAACAAGUCUGUUUUACGAGAACACAUUCAACACACCCACUCAUUGACCGGACAGAAACCAUUUGCUUGUGAUUUUUGUAGUUCUACGUUUCAAACCGAAUUUCUUGUGAUAGAACACGAGAAGAGCGAACACGGUGUUACAAAUUUCAUAUGUGCUGAAUGUGAGUAUACAACAAGUUCCAAGAAAAGUUUGGAGACUCAUUUAAAGAGUCACUCUUUGGAGAACAAUUUUAAUUGUAGUCACUGUAGUUACACAAGUUCUCGUAAACGUGAUUUACACAAACACCAAACAAUACACUUGGCUAGAAAGCCUUUAAAGUGUAGUGACUGUGAUUUUAAAUGCAAUGUUGAAUCAAACCUGCGACGUCACCAGAAGACGCACAACCGGAGGCACCAGAGAAUACUCACUAGAAAAAAACCUUACAAAUGUAGUCAUUGCAACUACAAGUGCAGUGUUAGUACUAAUUUACGAAGACACAAAAGGAUACAUACUGGAGCGAAGCCAUUUCAGUGUAGCCACUGUGGUUACAAAUGCAGUCAGAAGUCAAACUUACAAAAACACCUGAUGAUACAUACUGGAGCAAAGCCAUUUCAAUGUAGCUACUGUGAAUACAAAUGCAGUCGGAAGUCACACUUACAACAACACCUGAUGACACAUACUGGGGCGAAGCCAUUUCAGUGUAGCCACUGUGAUUACAAAUGCAGUCAGAAGUCAAACUUACAAAAACACCUGAUGAUACAUACUGGAGCAAAGCCAUUUCAAUGUAGCCACUGUGAUUACAAAUUUAAUCUGAAGUCACACUUACAACAACACUUGAUGACACAUACUGGGGCGAAGCCAUUUCAGUGUAGCUACUGUGAAUACAAAUGCAGUCGGAAGUCACACUUACAACAACACCUGAGGACACAUACUGGGGCGAAGCCAAUUCAGUGUAGCCACUGUGAUUACAAAUGCAGUCACAAGUCAGCCUUACAAAGACACCUGAUGAUACAUACCGGGGCGAAGCCAUUUCAGUGUAGCCAUUGUGAUUACAAAUGCAGCCGGAAGUCACACUUACAAAAACACCUACUGAAACAUACUGGGCCGAAUCAAUUUAAAUGUAGUGAUUGCGACUACAAAUGCAGACUGGAAUCACAUUUAAAAAGACACCAGACGAAGCAUACUAUGGCGAAUUCAUAACAAUGUGACAGUGGCGAAGUGUCCUCAGA